UCUAUGCUUAUUUCUUGGAAAAUUCUAUCAUGUAGUAGUCUCUAUCAAUCAUCUCACCUAUUAUUUAAUGACGCCAAUGUGGGUGAUUCGUGUUUAACCCAGAAGCACCCAGAAGAUGCCCGAACGGUGACACCAAUGCUUAUUAAUGCAGACAAGACCAAAAGCUAGCGGAGAAACCCAGAACCCAGAAAAUGGUGGAGAUGAAGCAGGAAGAAGACAAGGAGGGAAUGACGAUAAUCAAAGGAAAAGAAGCUAUCGGAUUGAGAAUCGUGAACAUGUUUGUGGCGAUGGGUUUGUGGCUUGGAGCUAUUCAUUUCAACGUGGCUUUGAUUCUCUUCACUGUUUGCUUCCUUCCUAUUUCCAAGGCCAUAUUGGUAUUUGGGUUGCUUGUGUUGUUUAUGAUAAUCCCAGUUGAUGAUAAGAGCAAAAUAGGAAGAAAAGUGGCCAGGUACAUAUGUAAGUAUGCCUGUGGCUAUUUUCCAGUGACUUUGUAUGUAGAGGAAAAACACGUCUUUGAUCCUAAUUGCUCUUAUGUCUUUGGGUAUGAACCACAUUCAGUUUUGCCAAUUGGUGUAGUUGCACUGGCUGACAUGACUGGGUUCUUGGGUCUCCCUAAGAUGAAGGUCCUUGCGAGUACCGCUGUGUUCUAUACACCAUUCCUAAGGCAUAUAUGGACAUGGUUGGGUCUUACACCAGCCACAAAGAGUAAUUUUAUCUCCAACUUGGCCGCUGGUUAUAGUUGUGUCAUUGUGCCUGGUGGAGUGCAGGAGACAUUUCUUAUGGAACAUGGUAAAGAGAAAGUAUUCCUUAGUACAAGAAGAGGAUUUGUUCGCAUAGCCAUGGAGAAUGGCUAUCCCCUGGUUCCAGUUUUCUGCUUUGGUCAGUCAAAUGUUUAUAAGUGGUGGAAGCCAAGUGGGGAGUUAUUCCUGAAGUUUGCUAGAGCUAUCAGAUUCACCCCUAUUGUCUUCUGGGGAAUGUUCGGGUCCCCUUUACCCUACAGACAUCCAAUGCACGUGGUAGUAGGUAAACCAAUAGCUCUCAAGCAAAAUCCAGAACCCACCAUGGAAGAGGUCAUUGAAGUACAUGGUCAGUAUGUUGAAGCACUAAAGGAUCUUUUUGAAAAGCACAAGGCACGGGCUGGUUUUCCUGAUCUUCAAUUGGAAAUUCUUUGAUCAGAUGAUAUUCUAUGUUCCUCCGUGCAUUGUCAUUUAUUUUUCUGUUUACUUGUGGACAAUUUAGUGAUAACAAUUUGUACGUAGUUAAAUAGUGGAAAUGACCUUUCAAAAAAAAAAAAAAAUAGUGGAAAUGAAUGGCAAUCGGAAACUUGCUUUUGAUGUUUAGCUAGUGGUCAAGCUGUUUAUACACAACGGGCUUUGCUUACAAAAACUUGAUACGUUCAUCUGAAGCUGUAGAAGUGGCAUAGUUUGUAAUCUCUGUAAAUACAUCCAUCUAAAUAAAAACGAUGAUUUAUAUA